UUUUGGUCAGAGAAUUCAGAGAGGUAAGAAGUCUCUGGUGGCUGCUUCUCUGAUCUUUCAGCUUUUACCCUGAUAUCUGACUCUGGGUUUUUAUUGAUAAGACUAAUUAGAUUAAUGCUUCACUCCACUGGUAGGAUGUACUGUGGACUGCAGUAGCCGACUACCUGACCAGGAAGGACCCUCAGGAGUAUGGGCACACUGACCUCUGAAAGACAGAUGAUUGCUGGUGCCCAGCCAGCUGGGGAGAGGGCAGGGAUUAUAGUCACACCCCCAGGCUUAGUCCGUGCUCUUCCCAGGGCCUGAGACAGCUGCUAGUGAUUCCUUCUGCGUCCUCUGUGCCACUGCUGACGCCUGUCCUCAGCAGGAUGGGGCCAGGCCUGACCACCAAAUCAUGCUGGCAUUGUACCACAUGGGGUAACGUGGGAGGCAGGGCCAGGGGGAUUAGAAAUCUCCAAGCACAUCACACGCUGCCAGGGGGAUGCAGGUUACAGCUGUCUUGCCGACAGGAGUCUUUGGUUCUCCUAGCUCUUGCAACUGGUGACAGCCCUCAAGGUGACUAACUCUGUGUCGGGGGACACUUGGACUCCUUACAGUUCUGGUGCUAAGGGACCACUUCUGAAGCUGGAGAACCCGGGGGAGGGUUCAGCAGCCAGAUGCCCAUGCUGAGCACCUACUCCCUGAAACCUGUGGCCCCGCACAUGCCACCUGGGACCUCGGAGUUUCUAGGCUGCCAGCGGCGCCACACACUCCCUGCAAGCGAGUUCCGCUGCCUCGCUCCGGAGGAUGCCGUCAGCGUGUUUGAGAUUGAACGUGAAGCCUUUAUCUCUGUCUCCGGUACCUGUCCCCUCUACUUGGAUGAGAUCCGACACUUCCUAACCCUGUGUCCAGAGUUGUCCUUGGGCUGGUUCGAGCAGGGUCGCCUUGUGGCCUUCAUCAUCGGCUCACUUUGGGACAAGGAGAGACUUACUCAGGAGUCGCUGACCCUACACAGGCCUGGAGGCCGCACAGCGCACCUGCACGUACUGGCAGUGCACCGCACCUUCCGGCAGCAAGGCAAGGGCUCCGUCCUGCUGUGGCGCUACCUGCACCACCUGGGGAGCCAGCCCUCUGUCCGUCGGGCUGUGCUCAUGUGCGAGGACCCACUGGUGCCCUUCUAUGAGAAAUUUGGCUUCCAGGUUGUGGGCCCGUGCGCCGUCACCGUGGGCUCCCUCACCUUCAUGGAGCUGCAGUGUUCCUUACGGUGCCACGCCUUUCUGCGCAGAAACAGCGGCUGCUGACCUAAGCGGCCCUCUUGGGGGUGAAGAGGUGGGAGCAGCAGGCUGGGGGCUCCUGUCUAACUCCCACACCACGCCCUCCUCCGAGGUGGCUUUACCGCAGCACAAGCUGCCGUCUGUCCCCAGAGGAGCUCUCGCAUUCUGAACUGUGCCGAAGCACAGGAUGGGAAACCAGAGCAGUGGGAGGCCUGUCCCCCACACCUCCUUCUCUACCUGCCCUGUUUCUGCAUUCCAGUGCAGUGCCCUGAUUCUUGGGGUCCUUGCUCUUCCAGACUGAUACCCCUUCCUGGCUCCUAACUGGAAAUGGGGGUCAGCCAGGAGGUGAAUUUAAGAAGCACCUGGGGUCGGGAUCUGUGAAUGGUGGCAACCUUGGGGUAGCAGGGUGCUGCAGGGCAACACCCCACUGCGCUUGGGCACCAGUGUGCCUGCCCACCCCCUUGCCCAGGCUUCCCUCUAUCAUGCUCCCCCCCCGCCCCGCAGCCCUGGUAAUGAAGCAGCUAUGUUCCUGUGGCUGUGGCUCAUGGGUGUGUGCAGGGGCUUCAGAGUGAGCUGAUGGAGGAUCAACGCCACCUGACCUUCUGCCAAGAGCACCUCUGCCCAAACAGGCCAUUCCUGCACAUGGCCAGCCCUCUUCCUGCCCUGGAGCAGAGGCAGAGCAGUCAGGGUUGAGAUCUCAGGGUGCAACCCAAUCCUCUCAGAGUUCUCGGUGUCUCCAUGGUGAUCUCAAUCCGGUU